AUGGGCACGGUUGACUCCUCGGUUAUCGUCUUUUUUUUGCUCAUCUUUGCAUCGUCUGGGGAAGGGAAUUCGGAUGUGGAGCGCAUACAGCUGGACAUUGACAUCUUGGACUUCAUGCUGCCAAAGCGCGCUAUUGAAAUUAAUUACUACUACUCGGCAUUCACUCCAUACAGUGAUAUGAUGGAUGUGGUAUUGCGCGCCAGUGAGUUCGGAUUUUCCUCUUCAUUAAAACGCGCGGGAACACUUGCCGACAGCAUUAUUUUUCGAAAAGUGCCUAAUCGAAACAAUGAAAACGUGACCCACACCCUAACAUUUCAAAUAGAUGAAAUGGUGAGAGUCCUGCUGCAAACGGCCAAGGCAGUGACCAGACGCAAUCCUCCGCGUAAUGCAAUCCCCAGACUUGCCUUAUUUGGCCUCUACAGGGCUUCGAUACACCCUUAUAGAUUUAUUGGUGGUCACAUAUCUUGGAAGACGCUGAGAAUUACGCGCUUCGUGUACUCAACCCUUAAGAAAUGGGACGCUAAGAUGCGCAAAGCCGCAGUCUUUCAACCCAUUUUUCACGCCUUACAGCACUCAACACAGAGCAUUAAGCCACCGCCCCUAGGACUGCUCGUGAUGCAUGGCUGGACGCUCCUCUUUUGGGUAACUGUCAGUGAGCAAGCAAACUUCUUUAAACGCGACGAAGAGAAGUCUCGAUCCAUUGAGGAGAAAGCACCUACAAACCUGGACGAGCUGAGUGCAACAUUUAUCUAUCAUGUUUGUAAAAUCAUGCGAGCGGACAGGGAUCUCGCGCCGAGUGACAUACCGACUGGCUUCUGCCCAAAUCCCUGCGCUACCUUGCCCUGCCUUCGUGUUCGCAAUGCAGUUGGUGAGGAAUGCUUUCACACGGGACAGGGUCUCUUCAUAAAUGACUUCAGGUGUACCUGCCUUCCAGGCUUUCAGUGGAUUCCGGCUCCGGGUAGUAGUGAGCUCGGCAUGAAGACGCCGCUCACUGACGAGGCUGGCAGAUGUGAGCCUAUUGACGUCUGCAGCACCUACUGUAACCUCCUGGGCACCCGACGUUGCGACGUCAUACCGUACACUGGCAAUGCCAUCUGUCUGUGUAAGGUAAGCAUUGUCGCGCCUCAUUUUGCCCUUGCUUCUCCCAACUGA